AACAGCUUUACCAACUAAUCUUUCUAUAUCAAUAAGAACUAAAACUCCUAACAAUUAUUCAAACAAUUGAUUAUACCCAAUUAUCUUCUCCAACUGUAAUCCUAACAAUGAUUCAAAAUAAUUAAUUUAUUCACAAUUAUCUUCCCCCCUCCGCUCUUUUUCUUCCUCCAACAUCACACCAACAACAACAAUCAAUACAUUUGACGAUUAAAUUCAUCUUCUUCUUCUUGAAAAUCUUUUUUGAUUUAUAAAGCUUCAAAGAAUCCGCUUUUCCCUUUUCUUAUAAAAAAAAAUAAAAGAGAAUUCUUGUUGUCACUUUCUUUCUGCCUUUUUCCUCUCUUCUUGUUUAAUUUCUGGGUAUUUGAUUUGUGAUCUUCUUUAGAUCUAUUCAGUAAUCGAAACCCAUUUGAAAGAAAAGAAAGCUUUCUUGAUAUGGGUUUCGCUUGUUUCCUUUCUCCUCGAACCAAAGCGAGCUCUCAAGAACACAACAAAGCUUGGCUUUUGGAGGAAACAGGACCGAAGCUUAUGGACUCAGACCCAUAUUCAGUCCACUCGUCAUUUAGGUUUAGUCUUUGCUCGCAGGUUGAGCUGGAGAAGAUUAAAAGGGAGGUACCGUCAUCGUCUUCCUGUCGGAAUUUCUCCGUGUCUGAAGGAUCGGCGACGGUUCUGUUGGUGAAUUUGGAGAAUGAUGGCAAGGAGACAGAGAAAUCAACGGAUGAGAUGAAUUGGUCGAGGGCUAUUUCGUUAGAGAAAAGUAUUUCUCCGGUGGCUAAUUCUUUGAUCCGGUUUAGUUUCAGUGAAAUUGUCACAGCAACUGGCAAUUUCUCAAACGGGAGAGUGUUGGGAAGAGGAGCUUGCAGCUAUGUGUUUAGGGGCACAAUGGGGAUUUGGCGUAAAGCUUUGGCCAUUAAGAGACUUGACAAAGAAGACAAAGAAUCUCCAAAGUCGUUUUGCAGAGAGUUGAUGAUUGCAAGCUCUCUUAACAACCCUAACAUUGUCCCUCUUCUAGGGUUCUGUAUCGACCCUGAACAAGGGUUUUUCUUGGUGUAUAAGUUUGUCUCUGGUGGUAGCCUCGAACACUAUUUACACGAUAAGAAAAAGAAGAAAAAUGGUGUGAAUGUCUCCUCCUUAUAUCUUCCUUGGUCAGCAAGGUACAAGAUUGCCUUAGGCGUUGCGGAGGCCAUAGCCUAUUUACAUAAUGGCACUGACCAAUGUGUUGUGCAUAGAGACAUUAAACCCUCAAAUAUUCUUCUUUCCUCAAACAAAAAGCCAAAGUUGUGUGAUUUUGGGUUAGCAACUUGGACAGCUGCUCCUUCGGUUCCUUUUCUCUGUAAGACCGUUAAAGGCACUUUCGGUUAUUUGGCUCCUGAGUAUUUCCAACACGGCAAGAUAUCUGAUAAGACCGAUGUUUACGCAUUCGGAGUCGUGUUACUUGAGCUAAUAACAGGUCGUAAGCCAAUUGAAUCAAGAAGACCAUCUGGUGAAGAAAAUUUGGUAGUUUGGGCGAAGCCAUUGUUGCAUAGAGGGAUGGAAGCAAUAGAGGAGUUUCUUGAUCCAAGGCUGACUUGUACAAGAAAAAACUCGGCUUUGAUGGAUCGUAUGAUUCGAGCUGCAGCAGCUUGUGUGACCAAUGAGGAGUCAAGAAGACCCGCGAUGAAGGAGAUUCUUUCAAUCUUGAAAGGCGAUGAAGGAAAAAUAGAGCUAAGGACGUUUUCAAGCCGGAAAUUAUCAAAUCUUGCGGGUUUAAUCGACUGUUACCCGCAGUUGCAACGGACAAAAUCUGAGAUGAAGAGUCAUUUUGCUCUUGCGAUGCUUGGAGUAACAGAGUUUGAAGACGGUGAUCGCUUGUAGCAGUUGUACGGAAGAUACAAACUUAAAAUAGUGGCGAAAAGAAGAUGACGAGUGUAGAUACAGAGGUUUGAUGUGUCAGUGUAAGUAUAAAAUUGUAAAUGUUUAUUUUACCGGUUCGGUUACUGAGAAAAAGGAAAAAUGGGUUUUGUGAAAGUCCUAAUUCGAGUAUAGAUUUGGAUUUAAGCUUAAUAUAAAACUUAAACAUAUCUAUGAUUUAAACAAGAACGCUAUAGAUUGUUUUUCUUUUUUAC